AUGGAUCGUAUCCCAACUAAAGCGGCUUUGAUUAGACGACGGAUAAACAUUCAGGAUGAGACGUGUAGUUUAUGCGGCAACGGAGAGGAAGACGUGAUGCAUCUUUUCACCGGAUGUGGAUUUGCCCUUGGCGUUUGGGAUGCAGUUGGCUGUUGGUGUAAGAUUAUGCCCAUUUUUGCUUUUGAUUUUAGAGAUUUGCUGGGUGUUCAAGAUCAGGUUGCAGGUUGCAAGUGGGCAAAAAAAGUUGUUAGAGGAAUUGUUAUGAUUACGUGUUGGGUGAUAUGGAGAAGUCGAAACGCGAAAGUUUUUCAGGGCACAUGUUCGAAGGUUGUAGAUGUUGUAGCGUUAGUUAAAUCUUGGUCUAUUUUGUGGUUAAAAAAUAGAUCUAAAUUUUCUGGGUUAGUGUGA